AUGACCAGGUAUCUCACGGCCGCUCUGUUUCUUCUCAUAUCAUCAUCAGCUGCCUUCCCAUUGCAGCAUGAGAAGUCAGAAGACCUGAGCAAGCGUCAAGCAAUACCCGACCAAUUCGGAAAUACCGGGAGCAAGCCUACAUCCUUCCCGACUAUCCAUUCUCAACCCUUGCCAAGCGUGACAUCGACGGUAGCCAUGCCCAGGAUAUCGAACCUUUCCGCUGUAUGGACGAGUGCAACUACCGCAAUUUCUGCAGUGGGAAGCACAAUCUCAAUCUCGUCGCAACAUGCUACGUCGAUCGCACAACAAACGCCUUACAAUCCCUCGCCAACAUCAUCGCCAACGCCUUCCCCGUCUGGCUCAAGCCCCUGGCUCCAACUUCACGGGACCAAACCCCCUCCGCUCUCAUCUCGAGCUAGCAUCGCUGGCAUCACAGUGGGUUCUGCAGUUUUCGUCGCCCUCAUCAUCGGCCUUCUCCUGUUCCUACGCCACCGCAGAAAAGCACGCGAGAUCAUAGAGAUCACCACACCUCACAUCAAACCUUCCAAGCCAUACGGAGUACACUACAACGCUAAGAUCGCCCGCUCGCGAAGCUGGAAAUUGAAACAAGAGGAGAUUAGUGGUAGCUCAGUGUCGUCGUGGGGAUCACUAGGUAAGAACAAGUUGAUCCACACGUACAAUUCGCCUGUGAGUCCGAGCGUAUAUUCGCGGCAUACGAAGUACGCCUCGGCGAUGAUGUCUGGAAAUUUCGAUGGCUGGCCGGACGCGCGAUCGCAAAGGGUGUUUACUGGGACACCGAGUCAGUUGUUGAAUGCGCCAAUGCCUUUGUUUGUGGAUGGGACGAAGAAGAUAGAGAAAGAUGGUGCUGCAGGAGACGUCAGACGGCCAAAGCCAGUGGUACUAGCCGGCGUAAAGCCAUCCGACAGGCCGAACGGACAGGUUCAUGGUCUGGGUCUACGCUAA